CCACCUGCGAGUGUGUCCAUCUGUGAGAAGGAGCCGGAGCCUCAGGGAGAUGAUGGAGCCCGAGGAGUACAGAGAGAGAGGAAAAGAGAUGGUGGAUUACAUCUGCCAAUACCUGAGCACCGUGCGUGAGCGACGGGUGACUCCUGACGUGCGGCCUGGCUACCUGCGAGCCCAGCUGCCUGAGAGCGCCCCGGAGGCACCUGACAGCUGGGACAGCAUCUUUGGGGACAUCGAGCGUGUCAUCAUGCCUGGGGUGGUACAUUGGCAGAGCCCCCAUAUGCACGCCUACUACCCCGCUCUCACCUCUUGGCCGUCACUGUUGGGAGACAUGCUGGCCGAUGCCAUCAACUGCUUGGGAUUCACCUGGGCUUCUAGUCCUGCAUGCACGGAGCUGGAGAUGAACGUCAUGGACUGGCUGGCAAAAAUGCUGGGGCUCCCGGAGCACUUCCUGCACCACCACCCUGGCAGCCAUGGGGGAGGCGUCCUGCAGAGCACAGUAAGUGAGUCCACCUUGAUCGCCUUGCUGGCAGCAAGAAAGAACAAAAUCCUGGAAAUGAAAGCGUCUGAGCCAGGGGCAGAUGAGUCCUUCCUGAAUGCACGGCUCGUUGCCUAUGCCUCUGAGCAGGCUCACUCCUCAGUAGAAAAGGCUGGUUUGAUUUCUCUGGUGAAGAUGAAGUUUCUGCCCGUGGAUGACAACUUCUCACUCAGAGGGGAAGCUCUUCAGAAAGCCAUCGAGGAGGACAAGCAGCGAGGCUUGGUGCCUGUCUUUGUCUGUGCAACGCUGGGGACCACUGGGGUCUGUGCAUUUGACUGCCUGUCAGAGUUGGGUCCCAUCUGUGCCAGGGAGGGUCUGUGGCUCCAUAUCGAUGCUGCCUAUGCCGGCACUGCCUUCCUGUGCCCCGAGUUCCGGGGCUUUCUGAACGGCAUCGAGUAUGCCGAUUCCUUCACCUUCAAUCCUUCCAAGUGGAUGAUGGUACACUUUGACUGUACUGGGUUCUGGGUCAAGGACAAGCACAAGCUGCAGCAGACCUUCAGUGUGAACCCCAUCUACCUCAGGCACGCCAACUCGGGCGCAGCCACCGACUUCAUGCACUGGCAGAUCCCCCUGAGCAGGAGGUUUCGCUCUAUAAAGCUCUGGUUCGUGAUUCGGUCCUUUGGGGUGAAGAAUCUUCAAGCUCAUGUCAGACACGGGACUGAAAUGGCUAAAUACUUUGAAUCUCUGGUCAGAAAUGAUCCUUUGUUUGAAAUUCCUGCCAAGAGGCACCUUGGCCUGGUGGUUUUUCGUCUCAAGGGUCCUAAUUGUCUCACGGAAAGUGUGUUACAGGAAAUAGCUAAAGCUGGCCGUCUCUUCCUCAUCCCGGCCACUCUCCAGGACAAGCUGAUCAUCCGCUUCACGGUGACAUCCCAGUUUACUACGAAGGAGGAUAUCCAGAGAGACUGGCAUCUCAUUCGAGAUGCUUCCACCCUCAUCCUGAGUCAGCACUGUACUUCCCAACCUAGCCCUCAGAUGGGGAGCCUCAUCCCCCCAGCCAGGGGUCCCGCGCUGGCCAGCGGGACGUCCCUGCAGUCUUUCCCCGGGGGGGUGGAUGAUGACCUGGCCCAGGCCAGGAAGAUCAUCAAGCAGCCUCAGCGUGCGGGAGUCAGUCCUGUGAGAAGGGAAGACGGCGGCCAUCUUGAAACCCUGCUGGACCCUCUUGACGACUGCUUUUCAGAAGAGGCCCCAGGUGUCACCAAGCACAAGUUGUCCUCCUUCUUGUUCAAUUAUUUGUCAGUGCGGAGUAAGAAGAAGGCAGUGCGUUCCCUCAGUUGCAACAGCGUGCCCGUGAGUGCUCAGAAGCCACUGCCCACGGAUGGCUCUGUGAAGAGUGGGGGCUUCUCCCGGGUCAGAAUCUUCUCCCGGUUUCCGGAGGAGAUGAUGCUGCUGAAGAAAAGUGCCUUCAAAAAACUAAUUAAGUUCUACAGUGUCCCCAGCUUUCCUGAAUGCGGCUCUCAAUGUGGGUUUCAGCUGCCCUGCUGCCCUCUGCAGGCAAUGGUUUAGACCAUGGGUUUCAGCCAGAGUCCAUGGAUGUGUUUCAGGGAGUCUCUGAACCCCUCAAAAUUAUAUGCUGAAUUUGUGUGCUUAUGUGUAUGUGCAUUUUUCUCAGGAGAGAGCCCAUCAUUUUUUAUCACAUUCUCAUAGGGGUUCAUGACCCAUGACAGGAUCCAAAUGGAGAGUUGAAGCCAACAUGGUCCAGAAGGUUCCAGCAGUCUGGUCAGAGAGAAAGGGCCCCGGGUAGUGUACUGACAGGCAGCUUCUGUGGUUCAGCUUGUGAUAUGAAAUAUAAUGUAGAAAUAAAUUGUGUUCAUGUCUGAAA